AGUAAUUUCAAUCGCAGCUAACUUCAUGCUAUUUCUAAAAUUACAAUAUUUUCGUCUAAUUUGCUAAUUUGGCAAUGGAAAUUUAUAUUAUACAGCACAAAACAGAAAGUAAAAAUAGUACGCAAUAAAAUGGAAUUAGAUUUUUUGACGCAGUGUCGACUUGAAAGGUGAAACUUCAGUGUUGCAAAUAUUUGAGGUUAUCUUGCUUGCAAUACUUUGAUAAAGUUUCACUCACAUUUUAACACCACGGUCUACGUGUUAACUUACAUUACACCUUCCAUUCUAUGUGGUCUUUUUAAUUUGCCAAACUGGAUGUAAUUUUCAUACAGUAACAAGUGUCUUUUCUACAAACGGUGACAAAGUCUUGUAAUAAUGGCUAACUGGGAAGAGAAGAAAUCUCUAAUAACUCGCAAUCUUCAAGAAGUGCUAGGAGAUGAGAAAUUAACUGAAAUUAUAAUGCAAAGAGAUCUCAAGAUUUACUGGGGUACAGCAACAACUGGGAGACCUCACGUUGCGUAUUUUGUACCGAUGUCCAAGAUUGCAGAUUUCCUUAAAGCCGGUUGUGAGGUAACCAUCCUUUUUGCUGAUCUACAUGCCUACUUAGACAAUAUGAAAGCUCCCUGGGAGCUCCUAGCAUUGAGGACACAAUAUUAUGAAGCUGCAAUUAAAGCUAUGCUUCAGUCCAUUGGUGUUCCACUGGAUAAGUUGAAAUUUGUUAGAGGUACUGAAUAUCAGCUAAAUAAAGAAUACACAUUGGAUGUGUACAGAAUGUCGUCUGUUAUAACUGAACAUGAUGCAAAGAAAGCCGGCGCUGAAGUUGUGAAGCAAGUUGACCAUCCUUUACUUAGUGGCCUUUUGUACCCAGGACUGCAAGCAUUAGAUGAAGAAUAUUUAAAAGUAGAUGCACAGUUUGGGGGUGUUGAUCAAAGAAAAAUAUUUACUAUGGCCGAGAAAUACCUUCCCCAACUUGGUUAUGCUAAAAGAGUUCAUCUUAUGAACCCAAUGGUCCCAGGUUUGACUGGAGGCAAAAUGUCUGCUUCUGAAGAAGACAGUAAAAUUGACUUGCUAGACAACCCUGCUAAUGUUAAAAAGAAAUUAAAGAAAGCUUUUUGCGAACCUGGAAAUAUCACUGACAAUGGAGUGCUCUCUUUCACCAAACAUGUUAUUUUCCCAUUGAUGAAGCCUGAAGAGAGUUUUAAAAUAACCCGUGCCCCUGAGUUUGGUGGCGAUGUUAAUUUUAAUAAUUUUGAAGAUUUAGAAGCUGCAUUUGCAAAACAAGACAUCCAUCCUGGAGAUUUAAAGGCUUCAGUAGAAGCGGCGAUCAAUAAGCUUCUGGCUCCCAUUCAAGAAAUAUUUAAAGAACCCAAACUGCAGGAAUUGACCAAGAAAGCUUACCCUCCUCCUACAAAAACUAAGGGUAAUGCAGCUGCAGCAGUAGAUGAAAUUGUCCCUUCAAAGUUGGACAUACGAGUGGGUCGCAUAGUUGAGGUUUCUAGGCACCCUGAUGCAGAUGCAUUGUAUGUAGAAAGAAUUGAUCUUGGUGAAGCUGAACCUAGAACUGUUGUUUCGGGAUUAGUAAACUUUGUGCCUAUAGAAGAAAUGCAAAAUAGAGAUGUAGUAGUUUUGUGCAAUUUGAAGCCUGCUAAAAUGCGUGGCAUAGAAUCCAAAGGGAUGGUACUUUGUGCUUCUGUAGAUGAGCCGAAGCAGGUGGAACCUCUAUUGCCUCCUCAAGACAGUAAGCCGGGUGAAAGGAUAUUAGUAGAAGGCUAUGAAUCUGGAGAACCUGAUGAAGUUUUAAACCCAAAAAAGAAGGUUUGGGAGAAAUUACAGGUUGACCUGAAAACUAAUGACAAUUUGUUCGCUGUUUGGCAGAAUAACAAAUUGGUCAGCAAAGUUACUGGCAAUGCAGUGACUACUAAGUCAAUGAAGAAUGCACCUAUUAAAUAAUGUACCUAAAUGUUUAAGGUAUAUUAUGCUUCAUUGUUACCUUAGAUAGGGUUAAUUUUUAUGAACAAGUGCAUUUCAACAUGUUUUGUAUUUCUAUUUUACAUGCUUUUACUUGUUUUAAAGGACAUCAUCCACGUUUCAUAUAUUUUUGGUCCAAAAUCAAAAGUGCCGGCCAACAAAAAAAAGUGCUGUAUUCUGACAGAAUACGUCUGCCUUAGCACUUGUUACUAUGGCACCAAAGCCGUAGCUCCACUGUGCGUCGAGUAUUUGAGAUCUAAAAGUCAUCGACUAUUCAUACAUUUUUUGUUCAAAAUCAAAAGUGUCGGCCAAUAAAAAAAAAGUGCUGUAUUCUGACAGAAUACGUCCGCCUUAGCAUUUGUUACUAUGGCACCAAAGCUGUAGCACCACUAUGCGUCGAGUAUUUGAGAUCUAAAAUUCAUCGACGAUUCAUACAUUUUUUGUUCAAAAUCAAAAGUGUCGGCCAAUAAAAAAAAGUGCUGUCUUCUGACAGAAUACGUCCGCCUUAGCAUUUGUUACUAUGGCACCAAAGCUGUAGCACCACUGUGCGUCGAGUAUUUGAGAUCUAAAAUUCAUCGACGAUUCAUACAUUUUUUGUUCUCAAUCAAAAAUGUCGGCCAAUAAAAAAAAAGUGCUGUAUUCUGACAGAAUACGUCCGCCUUAGCAUUUGUUACUAUGGCACCAAAGCUGUAGCACCACUGUGCGUCGUAGUAUUUGAGAUCAAAGUCAGUCGUUUAAUAUAUUUUUAGAACUCAAAUACUACGAUGCACAGUGGUGCUACAGCUUUGGUGCCAUAGUAAAAAAUGCUAAGGCGGACGUAUUCUAUCAGACUACAGCACUUUUAUUUUUUGGCCGGCACUUUUGAUUUUGGACCAAAAUGGAUGAUGUCCUUUUUUAUUUAUUUUUUGUAGUGAUGCAACGAAUACGAAUACGAAUAUUCGUAUUCGCCGAAUAUUAGACAUUUACCGAAUAUUCGUAUUCGAUAAAAUAAUAUUUUUUUUUUAUUACGAAUACCUUCUUUUUUUAAAUUUUGUCACACACGUGACUAUGACUCCGAACACUAUAGCCACAAGGACAUGACGGGAAAACCCCGGUCAGUAUGUAACAAAGUAGUAAGUUCUCUUCCGGAAUUUGACAGUCAAUAGCAGGUCGAUUGUACAAGUAUUAUUUUGUUUUGUGAUUAGUAACAAAGUAAAGUGAUACAAUAACAAAAAUGCUAUUUGUAAAUUUUAAUUACUAGAACAUUAACCAUAAUAAAAAGAGUUAAAUUUAUGAGUAUUUCAUGACUAUGUAGAGAUAUUCGUAUUCAUAUUCGCCGAAUAGUAGAUUUAAUAUUCGUAUUCGUAAAACGAAUACUACAUUCGUUGCAUCACUAAUUUUUUGUAAGUAUAAAAUAUAUGUUUCUGUGCAGGUCCAGGCUAUAGUCAGAUUAUCAUUUCCAAAUUUUAAAAAUUAUGGCAAUAAUAAGUAUUAAUUGUGAUUAAAAAAGUCUGCUAAGAAAAGUCCACAAAAAAUAUAAUUUGUAUCCACUCAAUUAGUAAUACACCUUUUGGUGGUUUAAAAAUACUAUGUUAUUUGCUGAAAAUGACAAACAAUAAAUGAAAAUAAAUUAUUACUCAAGUA